AUGUCCGCUACAAUGGCAGAGAGAGAGAGGGAAGGACAUGUCCAGGAUCAGCUGGAUUCCGUUCUCAGCAAUCUGUAUGAUUUCGGUGAUGAUUUUGAGCCUUCCAAAGUGACAAUAUCUGAAAGUGAAGAAGGCGCUCCACUUGCUAUUAAAACAAAAGAAGUGAAUGGCUCUGGGGAACAUCCACUACCUAUUUUGGAAAUUCACAGUUCUAGACGGGGAAAGAAAAAUCCAUCUUUUUUCUUUAACGCUAUCAAGGACGAAUUGAGCAGCCAGCCAAAAGGCACUGAUAUUCCGAGCAGUUCUGUCUCAAAAUCUCAUGUUGAAGUUGUAACAUUUGUCAGUCGUAAAGAUAAAAAGCAAGCCAAGAGCGGUGAAGUACAAGACAGAGAUUCUAAAAUAAUUAUUGAUUCAAAGGAGGAAGAAAACAAUCCAACAUUUGAUUUUGAAAAGGUACGUUUGGAGGUUCACAAGUUUGGUAUCACAGGUUUCAAGAAAGAAAAACAAAGGAAAUUUGAACAGGAGAGGGCAAUUAUGCUUGGAGCAAAGCCCCCCAAAAGAGAAUAUGUGAACUACAAAGUUUUCCAAGAGAAGAUAAAGGAACAGGAACAAACAAAAGAAAGAAGCCUUACGGAAAAUAUCACGGAACCAGUAAGAAAAAAACAGAAACAAGGACAGAAUGUCAGAAGGUCAAGGAAAGGAAAAGGAUCAUCAGGAUUUGUGCCAGAUGGCCAGGUGGGGAGGUUUAGAAAUGGUGCGCUGAUUCUGAGCAGCAAAGAUAUUCACAAGAUUAAACAAUCCAAAAUUAGUAAAUGA